AUCAACCUGGAUCAACCUGGGAAGGUCGGUGUCCAUCUGUCCAUUGUCAUUUGUCAUUGAUCGCACAAUCCACUAUACCUUUAUAAAAGGAUUUAUUAUUAUUCGCGGAAAUCUGUCUCUCUCUCAAUGUGACGAGGUUCGCACGUGGUUUAUCUUUCUAGCUAAGAAACAAUGCUUCUUGCAGCACUCAAAGAGAAAUAGGGAUCUCUGUCAUGACAUUAAUUAUAAUACCACUGCUAUAUUAUAUUCCAAAAUAAUUUCUUAAGUGAGAAUAUCGAGAAAGCAGAUGAGAAGCUGUUGCUCUAUUAAACGGCGAAAAUGCCGAUCGGCGUAUUUCCAGCCCUUAAAUUGGGCGUACUUUUUAUCAAACAAAUCAGUAAACCUUUAGCCAAAUUUCUCGUCACUCAAGCAAAGAAUCAUCCAAUAUUUAGGACUUACUUUAUCAUGCCACCUGCUCAAUUUUAUCAUUGGGCGGAAGUAAAAGCAAAGAUGUAUAUCAUGAAUCUUGGUAAGCCUACAAAGGUGGCAAAACUGAACGAAACUAUGGCUAUUGAAUUGGGUGCUAAUUUAAUGGGCGAGUUGAUUAUUUUCGGCGUAGCUGGUGGAUGUGUAAUAUUGGAGUAUAAUAGACAAGUCGCAAAAGAGACAAAAAAAGAGGAGCUCCGUCAGAUGCAGAUACAGAAGUUUACAGAUGAUAUUCAGGCAUUGUACAAUACUACUUUGCAACAGGAAGCUCGAAUCCAUUACCUACAAAGUGCGAUCGGUGAAUUGGCCAAGCAUACAAAGCACAAGUUACCUGAACCUGUAUUGCAGCAAAUAAAUAACAAUGAUGAUAAUUUAGAGGAUAAUAUGAAGAAGAGUUCUAAUAAAAAUAGUAAAAAUACAACAGAAGCCAGUACAGAAAGCGAAAGCAGAUCGUUGAUAGAGCGUGCUAUAACCUAUUAUAAAGAAUUAAAAAUGGAUAAAAUUAGUUAAACGUUUUAUAUUUCUCUUUGAAAUACAUCACUUAGGAAGAUAAUCUGAGAUACAAAUAUUGACUGCUGCUGGUAUUAAAAAAGAUGCAUUCGUAACAAAAUGUACAUAAUAACAAUUUUUUUUUGCGCUA